AUCGACGUGAAUAUUCCAAGAUAAAGACGCUUGAAGCUCUCUGUAGACUCCAGGAACUCCGUUCUACUCGGGAAUCUCCAAUUGAAGUGCUCACGCACCUUGUCCUGCUAGAAUUCCCUGAAACGACGAUCAAGGAAAUCUAUACCUAUUGUCCCGCUACAAAGCUCCAACCACCCUCUCACAAUGAGCGACUCCCCGCUCCUCUUCUCCCAGGAGCUCAUCUCCCCCACCGUCCUAGCUGCGCUCCCCGAAGGCUACACCUGCCGGCCCCUGACGCGUACCGACUAUGCCAACGGUUUCCUCGACGUCCUACGCGUGCUGACCCAAGUCGGCGAUAUCUCAGAAGCACAAUGGGACGAGCGGUACAGCUGGAUAGAGAAGCGCUCCGACUCCUACUUCAUCCUCGCCAUUGUCGACGAGAAGAAGCGCGUCGUGGGAACAGGCGCACUGGUCGCAGAGCGGAAGUUUAUACACAAUUUGGGCAUGGUGGGACAUAUUGAGGAUAUCGCGGUUGCGAAGGACCAGCAGGGCAAGAAGCUGGGACUGAGGAUCAUCCAGGCUUUGAACUUCGUUGCGGAGAAGGUUGGGUGCUACAAGACGAUUCUUGAUUGCUCCGAAGCCAAUGAGGGAUUCUACGUCAAGUGCGGAUUCAAGAGGGCUGGGUUGGAGAUGGCCCACUACUACGAGGCUCCAAAACCGAAUGUAUGAGUUCACUGGCAGCUUUCUAGGGGAUGAUUGUCUGUUUUGGUUCUGAUACUGGUUCGGGUCUAUUCAAGCUUGGAACGCCUAUGAUCAAAACAUGUUGAAAAAUGAGGAGGUGGAGUUGAUGAGAGCACAAUUGCAAUUUUGGUGAAGCGUUUUUCAAGGGCUGAUGGACGCUGCGGAAGGGUACAACUUUAGAUAUCUUGCAUACACGACUUGAAUCAUCCUAUCCGGCGAGUUCUCUGAUAUUGAACGGCAUUUGAGGUGAAAUCGCAGUUUGAUUCACGAGAUUCAGGCCAGA